AUGCAUCCUGCAGCUUGGUUACAAUCUUACGAUGCCGUUGCCGUUGCCGUCCAGGACAAUCUAGUCAUCACUACGCCCAACAUGCAAUUCGUUCCCAAGUUCCACCAUUUUGAAGAAGAAAAUGUACAAGCCCGUGCCGAUGGUCGUUUCGGUGUUGUCGACUGCUUUCAAUGGCCUCAAGCCUAUGACAACAUCUUUUGCAAUUCCGUCUGCAUUCCUCGUAAGGAGGCUUACCUGUUCCCGCACCCGCUUCACUGGGCAUGGUACACUCCUGAGCAAAAGGACUUCAAGACCAUCCCAGGCAAUUUGUUUCCUGUAGGCACGCUUGCCUCUGACAAGGUCAAAGGACUGGAGUCACUCCUCAAAUUAGUAGAAAAACGUGUACAGGACUGGAGGGCCAAUCGACAAGGCAAAAAGGAUGUCAUCAUCAAUUGUGUCAUCUCUCUUCGACACGGUAUCUUGCGGCUCAAAAAACAUCCCCUGACAUUUCGUGAUCUCCUCAUCUUCGUCAUGGAUGCCCAACGCCUCUUCCUCAAAAUCCACUCUUUUAUGGAUUGGGUUCUCAUUGCCCAACCUCGCAUCUCCUCUGGCGUCGGGACUGUCAUCGUCAAUUCAGAAUGGAUGGGCGCUUUCACGCAUGACAGUGACAUGUGCAACAAGCUCCACAUGGCUGGUGUGCCUGUCUGGUUUGUCCACACGAUGGCAUAUAUACCUGCCAAUAUGAAGGUCCACAAACCCGUGUUAAUUACUCAUCCGGAUGACAUUGUCAUCUCGAUGUAUGCGGAGGGCAACAGAAUCCGCCCUUACAAUAUCAUUUAUCAUGGCCAAGGUGGCCACCAGUGCCAACUUCACGUUUGUCGCCUGUACGGCAGCACAACUUUCAGAAAUCCCGACAUUGCGGUUCCCUCGUCCGCUUCAUCCAGCAGUUUCUCUACUCCUAAGGCUUGGCCCACCCAGCCCUCCCAGUCAGGGGAAUCCAGGGACAAGUGGAAAGACCCUGAGAGCCCAUAUCUUCCGCCCUCUCUUUUGCAUUGGGAUGAUGCCCUCAAGACUUGCAACAAGGAUCCAUCUCGCGUGCACAUGCCCUAUGCCAUCGAUCGGGGAUACAGAUUCCCUGAACCUGCUCUCCUCCUCGGUCCCAAGCUGCUGGAGCACCUCCAGGGUUAUAUCGCUACCUGGCUCACCUGUCGUCCGCUAUGGAUUGCCCGAGUUGAUCACGACCCGCCAUGCAAUUACCCUUUGCCACAGCUCUGGCGUGACUUCCUCGGCAGCAGACUGACAACCCAAUCACAAGGCGCAGCAUCCAAAGGCAAGGAUCCCAAAAAGAAGGGACCUACGGCGGCGGAGAAGCGCAAGGCGGUGAUGAGGGACUUAUUUGGUGAUGAUGUGUUGGAGACUCAGGGAGACCUGUUCACACGAGAAGGAUUGGUGGAAUUCCGUGGUGAACAAGUGUUGGUUGCCAGUCUUGCUAACCCUCCACAGCGUCUCACCCAAAGGAUCACAUGGGAGUUAUUCGAGCUUGGUUUCCGUUAUGAGCUGAGGGACCUCGAUCGCUACCUGGCCCGCAAACGUUGGGCAGAUGAUCCGAUCGGUUGCGAGCAGCUCCUUCAUUCUGUCUUCCCUGGCGAGGCUGGAUUAGUCAUGUGGUCAGAGCAAUUUCUGGAGGACAACUACGGCAUGUGGAAUAACACCUUAAUUGGUGUUCUACCUUACCUGGAGAAAUUCCGUGAACUUAUCUGUACUUGGGACGAUGCUCCGCCACUUCUGAUUGUGCCACUGAUGCCAGAUAGCUUCACAGAUACCAAGUGUUGGGAAGUCAUGCAUUCUGCGACUGUGUUUUAUGUGCAGACAUUCUUUCGUCAUUUUGGCAGGCCCCCCAUCAUUCCCCAUUCCAUCCCUUUGUGA